AGAAAGGGAAAAAGCUCCCAACAUAACAUUUCUUACCAAACCAAAUACAAACAGAGGAGAGGCAGAGGAAGAAAGAAGAAGACAGUAGUAAACAAAUAUCAAUCUGAAAUUGAAUCCAUUUCUUCUUAAUCUCAUCUACCCCACUCUUACGCCUCGCCUCUGUUUCUCAACACUUUCCCUUCCCUUUUCUUCUCUCUCUCUCUCUCUCUCUUUCUCAUAAACAAAAACGAAAAAAAAAGAAGAAAAACUCUUCACUGAUCACAACCUCCAUCUAUGGAAACCUCUUCAAUUCACCAAGAUAACCCAUCUCCUCCUUCUUCUCUUCUUCCUUCUCCAUCCACUCGCGUCUCCAACAGCACUACCACCAGUACCAGCACCAGCAAUGGCCUCCACCCUCAAUUCAACCACUUACAUUCUCCCAAACCCAUCACUCGAUCCGAAUCUGUCAAUCCCUACCCCACUACCUUCGUUCAAGCUGAUACUUCCUCUUUUAAACAAGUUGUUCAAAUGCUCACUGGAUCCCCUGAAACUGCUAAGCAAGCCUCCGUCAAGUCUGCUCCCGGUGUUCCUAACUCUGAUUCUCACUCCAAGACGCAUAUUCCUCCCAUUAAAUCUUUGCCCAGAAGGCAGCAAUCUGGAUUCAAGCUCUAUGAGCGUAGGAACUCUUUGAAUAAACUUAAAAUUAACCCCGUGUUUCCUGUUUUUGCUUCUGGUGCUCAUUCUGGGUUUUCUCCGAGGAAACAUGAAAUUCUUUCUCCUAGUAUUUUGGAUUUUCCGGCGCUUGCUCUCAGUCCGGUCACGCCGCUGAUUCCUGACCCGUUUGAUCGAUCUGGGUUGGCGAACUGUAGCUAUUUGAAGAAUGGGAAUGGUAAGUUAGAUGCCGAGGCGGAAGAGAAAGCGAUUAAAGAAAAGGGGUUUUACUUGCAUCCAUCGCCGACCACCACUCCUCGGGACUCUGAGCCUCGGUUGUUGCCUCUGUUCCCAUUGACAUCUCCCAGAGUACCAGGUUCAUCUUCCACUUCAUGAAUUUCUCUUUUCUUUUAUGAAUUUUGUGGGUUUUCUCUUUUCUUUUUUCUCUUUUCGAUUUUAUAUGUUGCUGCUGGUUGAUGGCAUUUGACGAUAAUGAAAAAGGAGGCAAGAGUGAUAAGGCUUGUAAUGAUAUAUUUCCUGAGAAUGAUAGAUUGUUGCUUCAAUUGUAAAAUCUGAUGUUCUUAUCCUUUCUUAUGAAGAAGGAAUAAAAAUUAUCCCUCAUUUUCUCCCUUGUUUGUUCUUAGAAGAGAUAAACUUCAAAUUCAA